GGGGAGGCCAGAAGGGGCGGGGACAGCCGGGAUUGGGAGGGGAGAACAGCAGCGUGGGCGGCUGGCAGAGGCAGGGAAAGACCAGCAGAGAGGAAAGAGAAACUGGGAGAGGGAGGAAGGGAGAAAGUGAGAAGGGAAAUCGGAAAGAGAAAGGGGAGGAAACGGCAGACGUGGAGAGUCAGAGAGAGAGACAGAAAGAGGAAGAGACUGAGUGUGAAGGAGAGAGGACACGGGAUGACAGAGAGAGAGAGAGAGAGAGAGAGCGUGAAUGAGAUAGAGACUUAAAGAAGAGACCCUGUGAGUCUGUCAAUCAAAGAUUUGGACAGAAACGGAAAGAUUGGAGAGAGAGAUAGAGGGAGAGAAUGAGUGAGAGAGAAACUGGAAGAGACAGAGAUCAGAGAGAGGAGAGACACAGAAAGUGAGACUGGGGAGGGAGAUAGUGUAAAACGGAGAGAGAGAGAGAGAGAGAGAGAGAGAGAGAGAGAGAGAGAGAGACCAUAAGAGACGGGAGACAGACAAAAAGUGAGCAGGUGAGGAGAGAGAUUGAGAACUAUGAGAGACAGCAGCUAAGAGACAAAGGAGGCGGGAGACUGCCUGGGUGCCGCUGCAGCACCCACACCGUCCUCUUGCCCCCUGUCUUUGGGACCCUAGAGCUGGCCCUUGAUGGAGGGGAGCCGACCUCGAAGCAGCCUGAGCCUGGCCAGCAGCGCCUCUACCAUCUCCUCACUCAGCAGCCUGAGCCCCAAGAAGCCCACCCGGGCAGUAAACAAGGUCCAUGCCUUUGGGAAGAGAGGCAAUGCGCUCAGGAGGGAUCCCAACCUUCCCGUGCACAUCCGAGGCUGGCUUCAUAAGCAGGACAGCUCGGGGCUCCGUCUCUGGAAACGCCGCUGGUUCGUCCUCUCCGGCCAUUGCCUCUUUUAUUACAAGGACAGCCGCGAGGAGAGUGUCCUGGGCAGUGUCCUGCUCCCCAGCUACAAUAUUAGGCCAGAUGGGCCGGGAGCCCCCCGAGGGCGGCGCUUCACCUUCACCGCAGAGCACCCGGGCAUGAGGACCUACGUUUUGGCCGCUGACACCUUAGAAGACCUGCGGGGCUGGCUACGAGCGCUGGGCCGGGCCUCCCGUGCGGAGGGGGACGACUGUGGGCAAACCAGAUCACCCGCACGGCCCCAGCCCGGGGAGGGCCCUGGCGGCCCCGGUGGUCCCCCGGAGGUGAGCAGCGGGGAAGAGGGGCGCAUCUCGGAAUCACCGGAAGUGGCUCGACUCUCCAGAGGUCGUGGUAGACCCAGGCUGCUCACUCCCAGCCCCACAAUUGACCUCCAGUCUGGACUCCAGAUCCGGCGGGCAAGAAGCCCCGACCUGUCGGGGAGAACUGGAGGGGAAGAUGCCACAAAGCGGACAUUACUGAGAAUUUGGACAGUAGAGGAGGAUUCUACCCCAGAAGGACACCUGUUCACCCCCCUCUCUCGCCCUCCCUCGCCUCUGAGCCUCCCCCGUCCCCGUUCUGCUCCUGCGCGGCGACCUCCUGCCCCCUCAGGAGACACAGCACCCCCUGCCCGACCUCAUACCCCGCUGAGUCGCAUUGAUGUCCGACCUCCUCUGGAUUGGGGCCCCCAACGCCAGACCCUCUCCCGACCCUCCACUCCCCGCCGAGGACCUCCCUCAGAGGCUGGGGGAGGAAAGCCCCCCAGGAGUCCCCAGCACUGGAGUCACGAGCCCAGAACACAGGCACCCUCUGGCUCCUCCACUUAUCUCCAGCUCCCCCCGCGGCCCCCUGGGACUCGGGCCUCCAUGGUUUUAUUGCCGGGUCCUCCCCUGGAGUCAACUUUCCACCAAAGCUUGGAGACAGAUACACUGCUGACCAAGUUGUGUGGGCAGGACCGGCUCCUGCGGAGGCUGCAGGAGGAGAUAGACCAGAGGCAGGAGGAGAAGGAGCAACUAGAAGCAGCUCUGGAGUUGACCCGGCAGCAGCUGGGCCAAGCCACCAGGGAGGCUGGGGCUCCUGGGAGGGCCUGGGGUCGCCAGCGCCUCCUGCAGGACCGGCUGGUCAGUGUGAGGGCGACCCUCUGUCACUUGACUCAGGAGCGAGAGAGGGUUUGGGACACAUACAGUGGCCUGGAGCAGGAGCUGGGCACCUUAAGAGAGACCCUGGAGUACCUGCUGCACCUCGGUUCUCCCCAGGACAGAGUGUCCGCUCAGCAGCAGCUGUGGAUGGUGGAAGACACGCUGGCAGGUCUGGGUGGCCCCCAGAAACCGCCCCCACACCCUGAGCCUGACUCCCCAUCUCCCGUGCUCCAGGGCGAGGAGUCCUCAGAGAGGGAGAGCCUGCCAGAGUCCUUGGAACUGAGCUCCCCUAGGUCCCCCGAGACUGACUGGGGACGGCCUCCUGCAGGCGACAAAGACCUGGCCAGCCCUCGCUUAGGUCUUGGGUCUCCGAGGGUCUCCCGGGCUUCCAGCCCUGAGGGUCGCCACCUCCCUUCCCCACAGCUGGGAACCAAGGCCCCGGUGGCCCGGCCCCGAAUGAGUGCCCAGGAGCAGCUGGAGCGGAUGCGCAGAAACCAGGAAUGUGGACGGCCCCUCCCUCGCCCGACCUCCCCGCGGCUCCUCACCCUGGGAAGGACACUGUCCCCAGCCAGACGCCAGCCUGAUGUGGAGCAAAGGCCUGUCGUAGGACACUCGGGAGCCCAGAAAUGGCUCAGAAGCUCUGGGUCUUGGAGUAGUCCAAGGAACACCACCCCUUACUUGCCGACUUCCGAAGGUCACCGGGAGCGGGUUCUCAGCCUCUCCCAAGCCCUGGCUACUGAGGCGUCGCAGUGGCACAGAAUGAUGACAGGUGGAAAUUUGGACUCCCGGGGAGACCCUCUUCCCCGUGUGCCGCUGCCUCCUUCGGACCCCACGCGCCAGGAGACCCCUCCCCCCAGAUCUUCCCCGGUGGCUAAUUCGGGUUCCACAGGGUUCUCUCGCCGAGGGAGUGGGCGUGGAGGAAGUCCCGCCCCCUGGGGGCCCACGUGGGAUGCCGGGAUCGCCCCUCCGGUCCUGCCCCAAGACGAGGGGGCGUGGCCUCUGCGAGUCACUCUGCUACAGUCCAGCUUCUAACCCGCCCAAACGUGGCAGCCAAUCGGAGCGUGAGCACGUGGUCUGGAGGUACCGCCGGAGAUCUGGGACCACUCAGGGCAUCAGGGGCGUGGUCUGGUCCCCAUCGCCCGCCCGGGAGGGAAAUGGUUUCUAUGGCCAAAGUUUGAUUUUCUCAACACUGUCUAAAUUUGGAUUAAAACUUUGAACUUUUAGUCAA